AUGCCAGCUUCUAUGACAAUCCCUACUUUGGCAGACAAUGGCAUUGAGGCCGCAACUCUCUCUGAAAAGAAAAUACCGGCCUACGACGCCGAGAUGGCAAAAUCUAGUGAUCUGGAGAAUGCCGCAGGUCAACUCGAGGAGAUCAAGAACUUCAGACAAGGCCUUCACCAGCGACACAUCCAGAUGAUUGCCCUUGCUGGCACAGUUGGAACCGGCCUUUUUCUCAGCUCAGGGCGAGCCAUUGUGACUGCUGGUCCGUUGGGUGCAUUUAUUGCAUACUCUGUGAUCGGCCUCGCGGUGGCAAGUGUUGUCUUCGGUGUUGGAGAGAUGGGAGCGCUCGCUCCGCUUAAUGGUGGUUUGAUCCGAUAUGCAGAGAUCUUCUGUGACCCUGCUCUUGCAUUUGCCAAUGGAUGGAACCAAGUUUACUCCUACAUUGUCUCUAUCCCAUCCGAAAUCGUUGCUGCUGCCGUUCUCAUCGAGUUCUGGACCACUAUCAACAACGCGGUUUGGAUUACUGUAUUUGGGCUCUUGAUGCUCGCUACCGCCCUGGUGUUCGUUCGAAUCUACGGAGAACUCGAAUUCGGAUUCUCGAUCCUCAAAAUCAUGCUAGUGAUCGGUAUUAACCUCAUGGCCCUGGUGAUUACAUGUGGUGGAGGACCUGACCAUAAGUCAAUUGGCUUCGCCUACUGGAAAGCCCCAUAUGGACCUAUGGUUCAGUAUCUGGGAAUUCCUGGCUCACUGGGUCGCUUCUUGGGAUUCUGGAAAGCAUUCGACAGCGCACUCUACGCUUAUUCAGGCAUUGAGAACAUCACCGUGGCGGCUGCGGAGACCCGAUCUCCCCGUCAUGCCAUUCCUAUGGCAGCGCGCCGUAUAUUUGUCCGUAUCUUGCUCUUCUACGUCAUCACAAUCUUUAUGGUCGGCCUAGUAGUGGCAUCUACCGACGAUUCUCUCCUAGGAUCAUCAGGAACAGCUACUCAGUCACCAUUUGUCAUUGCUGCUCGUGAAGCUGGCAUUAAAAUCGUCCCCUCGAUCAUCAAUGCGGUUGUUCUCACCUCAGCCUGGUCAUCGGGUAACUCCAAUAUGCUAGGCGGGUCUCGAAUCCUUUACGGAAUGGCAGUUUAUGGACAUGCCCCCGCUGUUUUCAAGCGUAUCAACCGCUUCGGCAUCCCCUAUGCGGCAGUGUCUCUCUAUGGUUUGUUCAUGGCCCUCGGGUAUAUGACCCUGUCCAGCUCGGCAAGCACAGUGUUUACCUGGUUACAAGAUCUCGUCUCUAUCUCUACCCUGGUGAAUUGGAUUUGUAUCUGCAUUGUCUAUUUGCGAUUCCUCUACGGUUGCAAGAAGCAAGGGAUCGAUCGCCACAGGGAACUUCCGUGGGCGGCGCCCUUUCAGCCAUUUUCGACCUGGGCCUCAUUGAUCCUGUUUAUUCUUCUUUUCUUCACCGGAGGAUUCACAACCUUUAUACACGGGCAGUGGAGCACCGAGACCUUCAUCUCGAGCUAUUUCAACUUGCCUUUUAUUGUGAUUAUCUAUUUUGCCUACAAGUUCUGGAUGAAGACCAGAAUCAUUCCGCUGGCGGAAAUCCCUAUUCGACCUUUCAUCGAAAGCUACCAGAACAACCCCGAGCCAGAGCCCAAGCCAAAGCGCGGUCUCUGGAGGCUUAAUAUCUUAUGGGCUUGA